UCAGACUGCUAUAUCAUCUGUGUGUGUCGGGAUACUGAGCACAACAAACAGCGUGUGGUAAUGCAACAGUAAGAGUUUGAAAAGCUCUAUUAUUAUUUUCAUUUACAUGUUGACGUCCAUUAACUCAGCCAUGUCUGGAGCUUUAGCCAGGCUGCUCUUCUACCCGACUUUAGCCUACAAUGUGGUCAUGGAGAAGGUGUCGUCCAGGCGGUGGUUUGACAGAGUGGACGGGACUGUGAUCCUGGGAGCCCUGCCCUUCAGAUCCAUGACAAAACAGCUGGUAGAAAAACAAAAUGUCCGAGGCGUUAUCACCAUGAACGAGAAGUAUGAGACCAAAUAUUUCUGCAACUCUGCUGAGGAGUGGCAACGCGUGGGUGUGGAGCAGCUGAGGCUGAGCACCGUCGACCUGACCGGCGUUCCCAGCCUGGAGAACCUGCACAGAGGCGUAGAGUUCGCCCUGCAUCACAGAGAGCGAGGGACCAGCGUGUACGUCCACUGUAAGGCUGGACGCUCCCGCAGCGCCACGCUGGCUGCUGCCUACCUCAUACGGGUGCACUGCUGGACUCCAGAGGAAGCCUGUCAGAAGCUGGCGUCUGUUCGACCGCACAUCCUGGUGCGCUCCGCUCAGCUGGAGAUGCUGAGGAAGUACCACCAGCAGGUGUGCGGACAGUCCGGCUGAGACCCACUUCCUGUUUCCUUCAGCGGCUGGAAGACUGGACUCAGAGCCUCAUCUCAAGUCACAGCGACAUGAAACAACUUCCUCCACAUCAUACCGUACACCAGUGGUCACCUGCAUGUUUUAGGUAGCUCCACCUGAUUCUAAUCAUUAACUUGUUAUCAAGCCCGUUGACGAGCUUCAGCUGCUUGAUAACGAGCUGAUCAUAGAAUCAGGUGUGUUAGAGUGGAGAGAUACCUAAAACAUGCAGGCUAGUAGCUCAACAGGAGCAGGGUUGGAGAUCAGUGGUGUACACCCACCGAAGAGUAAAUGCUGAAACUGAUUAAUCUAAAAGGUUUUAAAUCAUUCUUUAUAAUAGCAGAUUUUUAUUAGUUAAUUCACAACAGAUCAGUAAGCAGACAUGUUUAUUUUUAUUGACUGUUAUCAUGAAGGUUUCUGUGACCCUCAUCACUUUUUCCUUCAACUCCUCGGUUUCCUGAUUGUGCCUGAAAAAGCAAAUUAAUUUUACUUUUGGAAUUAUUGAAGCUCAGAGUGAUGUUUAAAAAAAAAGUAACUUCCCUUCUUUUUUCCAGAAUAAAUUACUUUUAAUAUUCCAACACUGCAAUAUUGUUUUUUUGUGGUUUAUUCAUAAAAAACACUGACUUUGCUUUUGGAUUGCAACAAAGACAUUUUAGAGCAUAAUUCAGCAUUAUGUGGUUGCUGUGUACAGUGGAAAACUUUUAAUUUCAAUUUCUUAUCUUAUUUUGCCUCACAGCUGAAAAUAUUGACAGUGAACUGUUGAAUAAAAUAUUUGUCAGAUGAAUGUGGUCUGAUGGUGUUUUGAAUAUGCUGUGAUGUUCCAGUGAAAUACAUGUAUGUAUAUAUAUGUGUGCAUAAAAGUUACAAAUGUGAUGUGACGACAUUAAAACACAAGUAAA